GUAUCUCAAACUUCCUUUCUAUCAACAAACAUUUCAUCAUCUACCAACAGAGGAAAGGUUCCAAAGUUUUCUUUCUCCCCCAUGGAAACACUGGGGAAAGACAAAAGUUCCCUUGACAACUCAUGCGUCAUUUCUACUCUAGAGGCACCUCCAUGCCCAGGUACACCACUGCAGAUGGCAAACGAUAAGAAACGAGAACUAGUUAUUCUAGAGGAAGAAAUGGAAGAUCAAGAAGAAGCAAAGCCUACUCUCCUACUAGAUCUGAAGCUAAAUACAAGUGAUUUCAAUCAAGGGUUCAAUCAAGAACUCAAUCUUAUUGAUUACUUCAAAAAAGGUUCAUCUCAAACUACACCAGAAACUCCACCUACAGAUGCCGAACUGCGUGUUUUCUCAUGCAACUAUUGCCAGAGAAAAUUCUAUAGUUCACAAGCCCUUGGUGGGCACCAAAAUGCCCACAAGAGAGAGAGGAGUCUGGCAAAAAGUGGACAAAGAGUAGCAGCACAUAUGGCAGCCUCGGUCAGCGCUUUUGGGCACCCAUAUUUUCACCACAAUCAUUACUCUAGCAUGGCUUCUCUUCCACUACAUAGCGCAUAUGGCAGAUCUCUAGGAAUCCAGCUGCACUCAGUUAUCCAUGAGCCUUCUCACAUUUCUUCUCCUGGUUAUAGAAAUGUGUACGGACAACAAGGCUGGUCUAGGCCUCCUAUGGACCAACAACCAACAAUAGGGAGGCUAACGAUGGAGAAUCACCGUGCAAACGCCACAGGACCAUCAUCUUGGGCUGCUGUUGGGAGGCUCAACGUAGGGAGGACCCUGAUGAUUUCUCCCACCAAUGACACAAUGGAAAAUUCUUGGUGGGGAGGUGGUGGUAGUUUGAGGCAUACCCCAGAAGAGAUACAGAAGGUUGACCUAUCCCUGAAGCUAUAAGUGUUAUUAUUUCUUUAUUGAAGCAUAAUUGUAAUUUUUUCCCUGAUAUGGAUUUUGUUUACUCUUUCUUAAUUUGGCAGCUAUUUAUGUAUAUUGGAUUAGGAAAUAAUCUGGAGUUCUUGUG